AGCUCCUUGGAACAUUAUAGAAAUGAACCAUUCAGAUUGUUGUGGCAUCUUUUAAAAUGGCAACCCUCUUUUUGACGUAAAUUACGGACGGCAAAACAAACACCAGGCUAAACUGCGUAUGAAUAAAGCCGAACAAGCUGGAAAAUUACGCUUCCUAAGGCAAUGGCAGCGUCUUCAUCGUCCUCCUCUGCGGGAGGUGUAAGCGGUAGCUCGGUAACGGGCUCUGGAUUCAGCGCUUCAGAGCUCAUCCCUCCCAGAAAAGUUCUCUACACUUAUCCUAAAGGAGCAGGAGAGAUGAUGGAAGAUGGCUCUGACAGAUUUUUAUGCGAGUCUGUGUUCAGCUACCAAGUUGCCUCCACGCUAAAACAGGUUAAACAAGAUCAACAAGCAUCUAGAAUGGAGAAACUUGCGAGCCUUGUGGAAGAGCUAGAAGCAGACGAAUGGCGUUACAAACCAAUAGAGCAGCUACUAGGAUUCACACCGUCCUAGACAAAGGCAUUAGGAUGCUUUUUGUGGAAUAAAUCAGCCAAACAGAAUGAAGACAAACAGAAAUGUUUUAUUCUGUCUCACAUGUAAUACUUUUUUCUGUAAGAGUUUACACUGUAACAUAGAACUAAAGGUUAUUUCAACAUGUUAAACGUAAAAUGUUUUUGUUUUAUAUUUUGCACAAUUUUGUGUUUACCUUUUUUAAACCUAUAUUCAAUGAUGUGUACCACCCAAACUAAAAUACCUUUCAGCUUAAUCUUAUAACUACUCAACUUGUAAUAUUAGUUAAUAGUCAUAAUAGGUCUUUCAUCUCAUUUAGAAUAAUAAACUGAUUCUUGACAGGC